AUGAGUUUACACACAUCCCGCGUUACACGCAACCUAUUUCCAUUGUCGGAAGCAAGCACCCGUUGCACCGUCUCGACGAAAAUCCAAGUUCCUUUUCGACCAGAACUUCGCGGGUCGUGUAUAGGAUUCGCCGCUUUCCCCGGGUGCUUUUCCCAAAUCGUCCACUUCUCCAUGUACAUCGUCUGUCUGCCCAAUAUGCAUAUUGCCCAUCUCAGUACAAUCUUCGUCCUUGCCCUUAGUGCGAAUGGCAUACCUACACGUCCCUCGGGUUCUAAACCCCCCUACCUCCCUAAGCGCCUCCUCGCACUUGAAGAACACUGUACCUCGCCCUCGCUAGAAGCUGAGGUAGUCGCUGAAGGGAUAACUCAGAGGUACCCUGGUAUCCUCGAAAAGCUGAAAGAUAUCGGUACCGGUCGCAUCGCCGCCAUGGAUGCCGGUCACUUGACCAUGCAAGUCCUCUCCCAACAAUCUGCCUCUGGUCUGGAAGACCCCGAAGGUUGUCGCGCAGCAAAUGAUGCCGUUGGCUCCGUCAUCAAAAGCAAGCCCAAACGCUUCGCUGGCUUUGCGGUGCCACAUGUUACGACUCUCGGACUCAAGGGCGCGAUGAUAUGGAAUCACCUCAAAGAUGGAACAUACUACGAUGCCCUCCGCUUCGAUCCUGUCUUCGCCAUGGCACAGGAACUUGAUGUACCGCUGUACUUGCAUCCUGCGGCUGCAACCGCAGAUAUCGCAUCCAAGCUCUUCGCCGGAAACUACCCUGCGGCCGUGGCUGGACGACUUGGAACGAACUCAUGGGGCUGGCAUGUUGAUGUCGGAACGCAAAUUUUACGUCUUUAUAGUGCGGGCCUGUUCGAUCGAUUCCCAAAGCUGAAGUUGAUCAUUGGACAUAAUGGCGAGGGACUGCCAAUGUUCAUUGACCGAGUCGAUUCGACGGGACUGCGCAAUGAUACGACAUUCAAUCGGGUGUGGAGUACGAAUAUUUGGAGCACGACGAGCGCUUUCUUUACUGUGAGACAGUUUGAGCAGCUGAGACAGGUGAGCCCAGUUGAUGGAAUCAUGUUCUCGAUUGAUUAUCCGUUCAGCAGGAAUACGGAUGGGUGGGCGUUUGUGGAGAAGUUGGCGCAGGCGCAGGUUUUGAGUGACGAAAAUAUGGAUAUGUUUGCGUACAAGAACGCUGAGAAGCUAUUGAAGUUAUGA